GCCGCGUUAAGUAUGCAUUGGAUGGAGUGUAUCUUUGGUGUUGAGUACAGAAGAGAUGCGAGUACUAAAAACAACAAACAUUUGUAUGGUAUUCGCAGUGUAUAUGCACGGCACAUGGUGCGUUGACAGUGUAUCUGUCUACCUUUUGUUUGUUAUUCCUUACCUCUUUAGCAUCUCUAAUGCUGCGUACUGUCAUGCUUCAACUCAUCAAUGGUAAAACAGUUAAAAGUCAUUUAACAACACACAGCACUAUCUCUCUCUCUCUCUCUCUCUCUCUCUCUCUUUCUCUCUCUCUCUCGUAACACUGUGUAUUUUUACUUGUGUUGUGCGUUCAUUCAAUUCUUCCUCUUCUUUUUCUUAUUUCUCUCUUUGCACGCACUGAGCUCAAACUUUCCAAAACGGCAUAAAAUGUCCAAAUCAUAUUCUAAUUUGUAAUUAAAUAAACAUUAUUGUUUGUCAGUUUGACAAUUUUGUUUCUCCACUCAUAAGAGUUCGUUGAGUUUAUUUUCAAAACGAAAAAUUCAUUUAGUUUGUCCACGACACCAGAUAAAUAAUGACCUACAUUGUUCAAUUAAAAAAUUGAUGUGUCGUAUUCGGAAGAUAGAAAAAACGAAAUUUCUAAUCCCAUAAUUAAAACGCGUUGUGAUCAUGGGUUCACCAAAAACUAGUUCAAAGCCGAGCGGUAAAGCAGAUGACGUAGUAAAGUCUCAAGAGCCAGUUGAAAAAACGAAAACGCUUGAUGCAUUAAACUAUUCAUUUUUGGAUUUGCGAACAGCUCAAGGGCAAAUCCUAUUUCUUUUAAUAUCAAUUGCACUGUCCGUACUCAUUCAAUCGCUUCCAAUUGGCACAUUUCGGUUUGCUUUCAAUCAAGCCGAAAUUCUACAUGUCCACACCACCGAACCAAUACGACGUGAAUGCAAUCAAACACCAACCAGUGCACCGGUCAAACAACCCACUUACUGGAUUUAUGGCAAAAGUGACAACGAAGCUCAUUUGAGGCAUGUAAAAAAUGUGCUACAACGAAUCGGCUAUGUAAAAGUUACAAAUGAAACCACUGACUGGGAUUUACUCUGGGCACAUGACUAUCCAUUUAGAGUACUCUAUCCAAAGUUACAGCAGAAUCUUAAAAUGCACCAGAGAAUUAAUCACUUCCCGGGGUGUGGUUUUAUUACAAAUAAAGUGGAUUUGGCCACAACCAAUCUAGAAUUCAUACCGAAAGCAUUUCGAUUGCCAGAAGAUCGGAAGAAAUUCAUUGAAUAUGCGGAGAAAAAUCCGGAGAAAAUGUUUGUUCAAAAACAUAAUCAACAUCGUCAUAUCAAUAUUAAACCGGUGAAGGAGAUCAAUUACAAUGAUAACGAUACAUUUGUACAAGAAUACAUUGAUAAUCCACUGUUAGUGGAUGGGCAUAAAUUCGAUAUUGGUGUUUAUGUUAUCAUCACUUCCGUCGAUCCAUUGAGAGUUUAUAUUUACAAAGGUGACAUUUUAUUCCGGUUUUGCCCGCAAAAGUACUACCCAUUUGAUCCAAAAAACGUUGACAAGUACAUUGUUGGAGAUGAUUAUCUGCCCGUUUGGGAUGUGCCAUCGUUGGCUCCAUUUUAUAAUGGUCUUGGAUUUGGCAUGAAAGAUUCAUUCGACGCAUACAUUCGCAACAAGAACCGCGAUCCGAGCGGAGUUUGGCUUCAAGUUGAGGCAGCCAUUCGAGGUAUACUUCUGAACAAGGAGAAACAUAUCAUCAAUGCUUUGAAAAACUACCGCAACAAACGGAAUUUCUUCGAAAUGAUGCGUUUUGACUUGAUUGUCGAUGAUAAUUUGCGCGUUUACCUUAUGGAAGCGAACAUGAGUCCGAACUUAUCGUCGGCUCACUUUCUACAAAACACAUUGCUGUACGAACAGGUCAUCUAUAAUUUGAUGAAUCUCGUCGGAGUCGGCUCUUCAAUACAUCGUGAAUCAUUGCGAACACGAACCACUGAUGCAGAGCAAAUGAUGUCAGCGGAUAAAAAUAUUGCCGUCUUGGCGGAGCACUGUGCAAGUGAAAAGUGUGCCGAAUCGUGUGAGCUGCCCGAAUGUAAAUUGUGUCGACCAUGUCUAUCGGCUCAAGACGUAAGAGAUUUGCAUACAGCGUACCGUGAGCACGUCAAUCGUGGUGAUACCAAAAGAAUUUUUCCAGUGCCAAUAAUCGAUGGAAAACUACCAGAUUUAAGUGAUCUGAAUGAAAAGAAUCAAAAAAUGUCACGCUGGUUUGCUGGCAAAUGUGCAAUGGAAUCAACAUGGUGCUCAUAAAGAGAACGAGGGAAAAAAAACUACCAAUGCUUUUGCUAAGUUAGACAAGUUGAAAUGCACACAUUUGAAAGAAAAGACAAAUAUUAGAAUUAUUUAGAAGACAGAAAUAUUUUUCAGUAGAAAAUUAGUAUGAAGAAGAAUGCUUCCGAUUGAUGACAAUACUAUAUAACAUGUGAAGAGAUUCCCAUAAUUUCUUCCGUCCGAAACGAAUGAACAAAUUGUUAUUAUACACAAAUAUUUUAUUUUAUUUUUAAGUUAUUGUUGAAUAUUAUUGCAGUCUAGUUUUCCGGUACUUAAAAACAUAUUUUAUGAACUACCCGACCUGAAUGUAUGAAAUAAUGUGAAUGCCAAUAGUUCACAAUGUAAAGAAUUUUUUUUGUUUUCAAAUGAAAUUUUAAAUGGUACAAACUAUUUUAUUCAAAUAUUCAUGUCAAUUCUAUUGACCCAAUAUUUUAACAUAUGUUGUUAGUCAGAAAAUGGUCGAUUGAACCGCUCAAAAUAAAGUUGGAAAUUUUAUUCAAUACG